AUGAUGGCGGCUAAACCUGUUCGUCAUACCAUAUUUCGUGACGUUGUGCACUGGCGGCGGAUCUGGCAUUCGGAUACGCCUCUUCCGAGAUUUUGUGUUGUUUCGCGGGAAAUUUUGAUUUGUGGGCCACAUCUGAGAUACGGCCGAUCUACCCAAUUGACUCCCAUCAAGUCAAUGGCAGCGACACCGGCCCCCGGGGGUGCGGGUGCCAUUGCCGCAGCUCAAGCUGUGACGCAACAAGUCGAGUCCUCGGUUCACGAAAAGCUUCAACACCAUGGAGGAGAAUCAACCGGGUCCACAGAACAGGGCUCUUUCGACGAAAUGAAAGACCAAGAAAGAGACGAAAUCACCUAUCUUGCUCGCCAAAUAUCGAAAAUCUCGCGCCGAAGUAGCCUACCGUCUGGAGAGCCUACCAAUUCAUUUCUCGAUACCACUACCGAUCCCGAGUUAGAUCCCAAUUCGGAAGCCUUCAACCAAAAGAGAUGGGUCAAGAAUUUGUUACAUAUUACCUCUCGUGAUCCCGAGACGUAUCCUCGUCGAACGGCUGGUGUGACGUUUCGGAAUUUGAAUGCAUAUGGGUUUGGAACUGCAGCAGAUUAUCAGGCUGAUGUAUUCAAUACGUGGUUGAAAGCGUUUGGGUAUAUGCGGGGCUUGUUGGGAUUGCGCCAGAAGAGGCGCAUUGAUAUCUUGCGGGAUUUCGAGGGAUUGGUGAAGAGCGGGGAGAUGUUGGUUGUUCUAGGUCGACCUGGAAGCGGUUGCUCAACAUUGCUGCGUACACUGUGUGGAGAUACACACGGUCUCUGGCUCGGCGAAGGAACCGAUAUCCAAUAUGAAGGAGUCUCCUACGAAGAGAUGCACAGUCGUUUCCGUGGAGAAGUCAUCUAUCAAGGCGAGCAGGAGAUUCACUUCCCCCAUAUGACAGUCGGAGACACUCUAUUAUUUGCCGCUCAAGCUCGCGCCCCUGCCAAUCGACUUCCUGGUGUAAGCAGGGAACAAUACGCAGUUCACAUGCGCGACGUGGUCAUGGCGAUUCUGGGGCUGUCGCAUACAAAAAACACCCAAGUCGGAAAUGAGUAUAUUCGUGGAGUUUCGGGUGGUGAACGUAAGCGUGUCAGUAUUGCCGAGACGACUCUGUGCGGUAGUCCUCUGCAGUGCUGGGACAAUAGUACGCGUGGUUUGGAUAGUGCGACUGCUCUCGAGUUUGUGCGUACGCUGCGGACUUCGACAAAGUAUUCUGGGUCAACUGCUAUUGUGGCUAUUUACCAAGCUGGUCAAGCCAUUUACGAUGUAUUUGACAAAGCUAUUGUUUUAUAUGAAGGUCGCCAAAUAUACUUUGGUCGCGCUGACGAUGCCAAACGUUUCUUCAUUGAAAUGGGAUUCCACUGCCCCCCACGCCAGACCACCGCCGAUUUCCUGACCUCCCUCACCAGUCCCGCAGAACGUGAAGUUCGUCCUGGAUUCGAAGGUCGUGUACCCAACACACCUGACGAGUUUGCUGCUCGCUGGCGCGAAAGCCCGGAAAGACAAGCUCUUAUCGCCGAAAUGGAAGCCUUCCAAGCCGUCCAUCCACUAGGAGGCGAAAAGUACAAGGAGUUCACAGAGUCUCGCAAGAAAGAAAAGGCUAAAGGAACCCGCGCCUCUUCACCAUACACCUUGACAUACCCCAUGCAAGUCAAGCUUUGCUUCUGGCGUGGUAUGAAACGGCUACAAGGUGACAUGAGUAAUACUUUAGCAGCUGUUAUUGGCAAUAUCAUCAUGUCAUUGAUUGUUUCCAGUAUGUUUUACAACCUUCCGCACGAUACAAACAGUUUUUAUCAACGGUCGUCUUUGAUCUUUUUCGGUAUUCUCAUGAAUGCAUUUGCAAGUAUCCUUGAGAUCCAAACUCUGUGGGAUCAGCGACCGAUCGUGGAAAAACACAAGAAAUACGCCCUGUAUCAUCCGUCGGCAGAAGGUCUUAGUUCCAUGUUGGUCGACCUACCCGCCAAAAUUAUUAGUGCUGUUGUGUUCAAUUUGAUCCUGUACUUCAUGACUGGUCUUCGUCGUACAGCAGGAGCGUUUUUCACAUUCUUCCUCUUCUCUUUCACGACAACCUUGACCAUGUCGAAUCUAUUCCGAUUCAUUGGUUCGCUUUCACGCACACACGCACAGGCAAUGGUACCAUCAAGUAUUUUCAUGCUCGGUCUCAUGAUCUACACCGGAUUUACAAUUCCUAUUCGAAGCAUGCAUCCCUGGUUCCGUUGGAUCAACUAUAUCAAUCCAAUCGCCUACGCAUUCGAGAGUUUGAUGAUCAACGAAUUUUCUGACCGGGAAUGGGACUGUUCGAGCUUCGUCCCCGCGGGACCGACGUACAAGAAUUUACCCGGUCAAUCGUUCAUUUGUCAGGCAAAUGGAGCAGUUACUGGACAGGAAUUUGUUCAAGGAAAUGACUAUUUAGCAGUGACCUACCAAUACUCCCACAGUCACAUGUGGCGUAAUUUUGGCAUCCUGGUUGGAUUCUUCUUUUUCCUUUUGGGACUGCUAAUCGUUGCUAGUGAGCUUGUCACAGCUAAACCAUCCAAGGGUGAAAUAUUGGUCUUUCCACGUGGUAAAAUUCCUGCGUUUGCCAAGCAAAAGGGCAAAACCGAGGAUGCGGAAGCUGCGGCACAAAAUACGAAGCCAGCCGUUGAGAAGGAUGGUCACGACGAGGCGGCUGCUAUUGUUCGACAAACCUCUAUCUUCCACUGGCAAGAUGUAUGCUACGACAUCAAGAUUAAAGGCGAGCCCCGAAGAAUUCUUGAUCACGUUGAUGGAUGGGUCAAACCGGGCACGCUGACGGCACUCAUGGGAGUAACUGGUGCAGGAAAGACUAGUUUACUAGAUGUCCUAGCAAAUCGUGUCACUGUUGGUGUCGUCACCGGCCAGAUGCUGGUUGAUGGGCGUCCACGUGAUUCCUCGUUUCAGCGAAAGACGGGAUACGUACAGCAACAGGAUCUUCACCUUGAGACGUCAACCGUGAGAGAAGCGUUGCGUUUCAGUGCUCUUCUUCGCCAACCGGCGUCGGUUCCUAAGGAAGAGAAGUAUGCGUACGUUGAACAAGUCAUCAAGAUGUUGGGCAUGGACGAAUACGCGGAAGCUGUCGUCGGUGUUCUUGGCGAAGGUCUUAACGUCGAACAACGCAAGCGGUUGACAAUCGGUGUUGAAAUAGCCGCCAAGCCUGACUUGCUUCUUUUCUUCGAUGAGCCGACAUCUGGUCUAGACUCUCAAACGGCCUGGAGUAUUUGUCAACUAAUGCGCAAACUCGCGAACCAUGGCCAAGCAAUCCUGUGUACCAUUCAUCAACCCUCCGCCAUUCUGAUGCAAGAAUUCGACCGUCUAUUGUUCCUCGCAAAGGGAGGCCGAACCAUCUAUUUUGGCGACUUGGGCGACAAUAUGGGCGAGUUGAUCAACUACUUUGAGCGAAACGGUUCUUCCAAGUGUCCCCCAUCCGCCAAUCCCGCAGAAUGGAUGUUGGAAGUUAUCGGCGCGGCACCUGGCUCAAAACCGGACAAGGAUUGGGCUGAGGUCUGGAAGAGUAGUGAGGAACGCGCCACCGUUCGCGAGGAACUUGCUACCAUGAAGGCGGAUCUGCUGGCCAAAGAAAGGCCUGAUAAUUCUAUGGGCUGGGCAGAGUUUGCUAUGCCUAUUUGGUAUCAGUUCUUUGUCAUUGUUCAUCGUAACUUUCAACAGUUUUGGCGUACGCCAGAAUAUAUUUAUGCUAAAACAUGUAUGAGUGUCAUUCCGACACUAUUCAUUGGCUUCUCCUUCUGGCAAGCCGGAACCUCAAUCCAAGGCCUCCAAAAUCAAACAUUCGCCAUCUUCAUGUUCCUCACCAUGUUCCCUAAUCUGAGUCAACAAAUGAUGCCUUACUUUGCCCUGCAACGGUCACUGUACGAGGUCCGCGAACGACCCAGUAAAGCAUAUUCAUGGAUUGCAUUCAUUUUGGCAUCGAUCGUGGUUGAGAUUCCUUGGAACUUGAUCAUGGCUGUCCCCGCUUAUUUUGCAUGGUAUUAUCCCAUCGGACUAUAUGUGAAUGCAGAACCAACGGAUAGUGUGAUCUCGAGAGGCGGAACGAUGCUCUUGAUCCUUCUGCUGUUUAUGCUAUUUACCUCGACAUUCACGAUGAUGGUUGUCGCCGGUAUCAACGACGCAGCUGCUGCAGGACAAAUUUCGCAAUUGUUGUUUACUCUCUGUCUGCUAUUUUGCGGUGUCCUUGUCGCUCCCAACGCCCUGCCCCGCUUCUGGAUCUUCAUGUACCGCCUCUCCCCCUUCACAUAUCUAGUCAGCGCCGUCCUAUCCGUCGGUGUUGCCGAAACAAGCAUUGAAUGCUCCUCCAUCGAACUCUUAACUCUCUCCCCACCCACAGCCGGCGAAACAUGCCAAACUUUCCUCUCCGCUUAUACCUCUUACGCUGGGGGCCGCAUAAUCAACCCCAACGCAACUGAGAACUGUCAAUUUUGUUCACUAGCAACGACAGAUGACUUUCUCGCUGUGGAGAGCAUUUAUUUCAGUGAUCGGUGGAGGAAUAUUGGCAUUUUGUUUGGGUAUUGUGCGUUUAAUGUGCUGGCAGCCAUUGGGUUGUAUUGGUUGGCGAGGGUGCCAAAAGGGAGUAGAGUCAAAGAAGUUCCUGGUGAUGGGACUGAGGUUGCGAUUGUGAAGACGAGGAGUACUACUCAGGGGGACAAGGAGGUGAAAUAG